UUGGAGCAUUUGCCGGGAGGUGGCAGCACCGCCUUAGCCAACGACGCUACGCUAUAUCGCAAACGUAGAUGGUGGGAGAAGCAGUAUGGCGCAGAAGCGUGGCCGCAGUCGAUUGUGCGACGUUGAGUUGGUUAGUGCCGCCUGUAACUUCGUGUUAGAAAGGCGAGUAUUCAACGGUUUUCUUCGACCAAUUGGAACAACGGAUUUUCUUGUGUGAAAUGAGAUUACCUAUCCAUAGGCAGAAAAUGAAAACAUAAAUAAAAACGUUGCGCGUAACUGUUUUGGGUCGAAAUAAUUCGAAAUGCCGUUCACAGCGGACGCUGCGGCCAGCCAGAUACAGGAACGAUUGAAGAACUUAUACCAUCUGGUACACGAAAUCGAAACGCAACGGGUUCGUUCCGAGCACAAUCUGAACAACAUUAUAAAGACUUACGAGAAGGUGACACCCGAAGACAAAGUGUCCCCCUAUUACCAGCAAAAGUUGAAGAAUCUCUACAACGCGGCAAUAGGCGAUUCCCAACAGGAGGAAGAAAUAUUGCGCAAAGCUCUGGGAAAGAUCAACGAAAUCCGAGCAAUUAGGAACGAGCGGCGAAUACAGGCACGGAAUGCGGGGAACAAGGAAACGAUUCGCCGAGGUGCGUUGAUGAAGAUGCUGCUGAGCACCGCGCAGACGCUCCCUCUGUACGUGGGCAAAACACCGGGGGCGAAACCACCCCCCCUUUGCGGGGCGAUCCCGGCGGAGCCUACGUACAUCGCGAAAAUGGGAGAUAUGGUCGCAGCCCUGGUCAAAGGCUCGGAGGAGGAGGAAAACUGGAUCUUGGCAGAAGUGGUGCAGUUCAAUCCGACGACCAACAAAUACGAAGUGGACGACAUCGACGAGGAACAAAAGGACAGGCACACGUUGUCGAGACGAAGAGUGGUCCCUCUUCCAUUGAUGAGGGCCAAUCCGGAAACGGAUCCCCACGCUCUCUUCCCCAAAGGGUCUAUCGUGAUGGCGUUGUAUCCUCAAACGACCUGCUUCUACAAAGCGGUGGUGAACCAGCUGCCUACCACGGCCACCGAGGAAUACGAGGUCUUGUUCGAGGACGCGACGUACGCGGACGGUUACUCCCCACCAUUGAAUGUCGCGCAGCGUUACGUAAUUUCUAUCAAGGAGAGCAAGAAGAACAAAAGCCAAUGUUAACGGACGAUCUGUUCUCGCGUCAGUAUUAUAUACCCGGCGAUUGUUUGUACCACUAGCGAUGAGUACAAAUGUUCGUUUUUUGUACAAGAGACUGCACUGAUUACUUAUAUAAUAAAGUUAAAACGAUUUUCGAUAAUAUAA